AUGUGUUUGAUUAGUCAUCACAUAAAGACGAGAGAGAGGAAACGAGAGGGGGAGGAGACGAGAGAGAGGAGACGAGAGAGAGGAGACGAGAGAGCGGAGACGAGAGAGCGUAGACAAGAGAGAGGAGACGAGAGAGCGGAGACGAGAGAGGGAGGAUACGAGAGAGCGGAGGAGACGAGAGAGCGGAGACGAGAGAGAGGAGACGAGAGAGCGGAGACGAGAGAGCGGAGACGAGUGAGAGGAGACAAGAGAGCGAAGGAGACGAGAGAGCGGAGACGAGAGAGAGGAAACGAGAGAGCGGAGGAGACGAGAGAGCGGAGACGAGAGAGAAGAGACGAGAGAAAGGAGACGAGAGAGAGAGGAGACCAGAAAGAGAGGAGACGAGAGAAAGAGACGAGAGAGAGGAGACGAGAGAGAGAGGAGACCAGAAAGAGAGGAGACGAGAGAAAGAGACGAGAGAGCGGAGACAAGAGAGAGGAGACGAGAGAGAGGAGACGAGAGAGAGGAAACGAGAGAGUGGGAGACGAGAGAGAGGAGACGAGAGAGAGAAGAGAUGAGAUGAGAGAGACGAGAUGA